CAGGGCGGUGUGAAACUAACAGGAUGAUUAAACCGCUGCCAUUUUGUGGAACUGUGGUUUUGCAUUUCAGAUACAUGUGAAAACUUAUUCUUUAUACAUGACACACAACUGAAACCAUACGUGUAUCACGAGAGGGCAAAUUGCUACUUGCUGCUGUCAGUGACCUCAGGGAAGGGUUCAGAGGACUAAAGCAAAAUGAAACAUCCUGACAGAUCUAUCUUACAAAAUCACACUCUGAUAAACAACAGCUUUAAAAAAGGAAGUGUAGCAUCUGAUAGGGGAAGCGGACGGCUGCAUUUUUUAUCUCCAAACACUGCACCAUGCAAGUGAGAGUAAAUUUAACCUGCAGUACCACAUAGCAGUGUAGAUGCGUACCUAUAAACUGCAUGUCCCCAGACUCAGCUGUGUCCACUGACCAAGUCACCUGCAUUUUUAAAACUUCGGAGAUACGAGGAACUAACAUCUUCCUUCCUGUCUGUCUGUCUUCUUUAACAUCAAUGUCUCAACCAGUAACUGCUGUCAUCUUGUUUUCUUUCUCACUUACCCUCCACCUGCCCAAUACUGUGUGCAUCUUAAGUUUUGGCUGAGUUGCUAGGGGCAGAGUGACGUCACAAACGGUAGAAAAACACUCACAUGCAUGAGGGCAGAGCUUCCCCUUCCCCUCAUCACCAUACAUAACAAACCGAGAACAGCCCACAGCAGACGCCAUCAUGUUGUGCAUUCAAGCAGAAACCACAUCAGUGGUGAGUAAAAGCUGACUUGUUCACAUCAACACACUGACAGACAGGUCUCUGCUGCUUUUGGUGCGACAGGAAGGUUUGCCGUUGACCUCGUUUGCUACUGCACAGCACGAGGAGGGGAGCGCGUUUGUGCAUCAGGCUGCUGUUUGCAGAGAAACGUGAAGCUGCUGGAGCAUGCGGUCACUGGUGGUCACUCCCGGCUUUCACCUCUCCCCUCCAUCCAUGCUGAUCAUUUAGGGAGACGACAGAGAAGCAAAAGGUGUUCAGGGUGUGUGAGUGACAUGAUGGACUGAUCACAGGAAAUUGCUGUUAAGUUAUGCCAUCAGUGUUUGUAUGAGGCAGGAAAUGACUCCGAAUAUGUCUGGAGUGUGGGAGGAGUCCCCGGCCAACUCCUCCUGUGGACACAACAUGACCAGCUGGGACCAGCGCAUGGAUAAGAUGUACACCUACUUCUACCUGCUGCUCUUCAUCCCCGGGCUGCUGCUCAACACCACUGCUCUCUGGGUCCUCUGCAAACACAUUAGUAAGAAGACCAAGGCUGUGAUCUUCAUGAUAAACCUGGCACUAGCAGACCUGGCCCACAUCCUCUCUCUGCCCCUCAGGAUAUAUUAUUACUUCACACACACCUGGCCCUUCGGACGAGGCAUCUGCUUGUUCUGCUUCUACCUCAAAUACCUCAACAUGUACGCCGCUAUAGUGUUUUUGGUGUGUAUCAGCGUGCAGAGAUGUGUCUUCCUGCUUGACCCAUUUUCAGCUCGCCGGUGGAGGCGGCGCUAUGACCUGUUGAUCAGUCUUAUAGUGUGGGUGGUGGUCGGUCUGGCUUGCUCGCCUUUCAUCCUGAUGCGGAGCAGCAGCAGUAACAGCUCUAACAAAGACGGCUGUUUUAAGGAUUUGCCCAUGCGUCGUCUGUCCCUCUCUCUGGUUGUCACCAUGAUAGCUCUUGCUGAGCUGUUUGGUUUCAUUAUUCCUCUGGCCUGCAUCACUUUUAGCUCAAUCCGCAUCACCCGCUCCCUCAACCAAAAAAAUGAGAAUGCAAACUCAACCACACUCAACUCCUCAGCACGCAGCCGAAUCCAGUCAGUCACCUCCAAUGGUCACACGGAUAAAUACCACAAAAAGCAGAUAAACACUGAGAAGCGACGCGCUCUACGGAUGGUGCUGAGCUGUUCUGCCCUCUUCUUGUUCUGCUUUGCCCCCUACCAUCUCAACUUCCUGCUCUACCUGAUGGUGUCGCAGGACGUAGUGUCCCACUGUGCAACGAGGCUGGCCGUGUAUCAGUUCCACCCGGUGUCUCUGUGCCUUGCGAGCCUGAGCUGCUGCCUCAACCCUCUGCUUUAUUACUUUCUGAAUGCAGAGUUCAGAUUGCACCUCACCAGGCGCACCUCCUCCUUCACCACCUCGCUCCUCUCCUCCCCGAUCAGCUCCCCGAUCCAGCGUCCCACACAGCACAGAAUGACGAGCAUGGAGAGUAGCUGCUCAGACAGGGAGCAGCAUUAUUCAGAUGCUAAUUUGUUUUUUCCUAAGGAGAAUGACACGGCUAAAGAUGACAGAUAGUGAAAUCCUGUAAACAGACUGACAAGAUCCAAGUUGGAUGAGAUGAUUUCACAUGUCACAGCUGUCUGAAUACAAACUGACCCGAAGAGCUUUGACCCCAGCAUGAAGACUCUCCCGGACAACACCACUUUAGAACAAACAAAUUGUCAAUCAGCAACUGAACAGAUGUGUUUCAUGAGUGUGUGCACAGUAAUAUCUAUGUGAACAUCAUCACAGUGGCCUUGUGUACAUAAGCUACAGCUGGUUGUUUAUCUUACCAUAAAAAUACAACAACUUUAAAUAAGCUACAUCAUAAAUGUCAAUGCUGUAUGUAAAUGUUCUGUAAAUAAAAGCGCUGUGUGUUUUA